AUGAGGGUCUUCUAUUGGAAUGCUCAAGGCUUGGCCAAAGAUGGUGCAAAGGCCAAGUUAAAGGAGCUCUAUCACUUGCAAAAACCUGAUGUUUUUUGUAACAUAUGGGUUCUGUGGAAGAAUUCUUUGGCAAGAUCAGGUAUUUUAUCUUCUUCUAAACAAGCAAUUACUUUAGAUUUUGAUGGUGUUUGGAUUACGGCUGUUCAUGCUUCUUGGGAUCCGGUUACAAGGAGAUUAUUGUGGAAACAAUUGAGGUUGGGUUUUAUAUCUAUUCCUUGGUUGGUGCUUGGUGAUUUUAAUUGUGUUCUUCGUCUGGAUGAAAAGAAGGGAGGUAGGCCAACUUUAAGUACUUAUAUGAAUGAAUUUCAAAGUUGGAUUUAUGAUAAUGGGCUAGUGGAAGCGGAUUCGAUUGGCAAAAAAUAUACUUGGUCUAAUUGUCAGAGUGGUGAUCGUCAUAUUGUUUCAAGGAAUGAUAGGGCGAUUGUGAAUGAUGCUUGGAGUUACAAAUAUGAAAAUUGGAGGUGCAAAGCUUUUCCAAGGAUAUGUUCAGAUCAUUCCCCUCUUUUUGGGUUUGCUUUUGACAGCCUAAGGCCGGCAAGAGCUCCAUUUAGAAUCCAGAAGAUGUGGUUUGAUCAUCCAGAUUUAGAUCCGGCGGAUGAAGUCCAAUUCACCAAGGUGGCAGAUGCCAAGAAUGCUGUGGAUGCAGUGCAGACUGAUUUUGCAGUAAUGCUUAAGAUGAAAUCGAGAGUUACUUGGAUGAAAUUAAAGAUUUCAUUGUCAAUCACUAGAAGGAUAAGUUUAAUGGUGGAGCGGCUGUCAUUGAUCCAAAAUUGUUUGAAUUUGAGCAUGAAAGAAUCUCACACCCUGAGAGUUUUUUUUAUGGAUGUUGUGCCAACUCUAGACGAGAUUAAGAGAGCUGUUUUUGACUUGGGAGCGGAUUCGGCGCCUGGCCCAGAUGGUUUCUCAGGUUCUUUCAACAUACAUUAUUGGAAUAUUAUUGCUACUGAUCUUUUUAGUGCCAUUAAAAAUAAUUGGUUGAUGAGAAAAAUUCCUAAUGGCACUAAUUCUAGUUUUAUUGUUCUCAUUCCAAAAAACACAAGGUCGGAUGCUAUUAAGGAUUUUAGGCCUAUUGGUUUGAGUAAUUUUUUCUUCAAAAUCAUUACAAAAUUUUUGGCUACCAGGCUUGGUACGGUUCUGAAUAGACUGGUUUCUGAAGAACAAGUGGCUUUUAUGAAGGGAAGGAACAUUCGUGAAAAUAUAGUUCUUGCGUCUGAAUUGAUUAAUGAGAUUUCUGCGCUAAGGAACUUUGGUAAUGUUGGCUUAAAACUUGACAUUGCUCAAGCUUUUGAUACUGUAAGUUGGGAGUUUAUAACUGAAUUUUUCCGUCAAUAUGGUUUUUUUGAAACCUGGUGCUCUUGGAUUCAUAGUAUUCUUAGUUCGGCUGGGAUUUUUGUGCUAAUAAAUGGCAGUCCAGAGGUUUUUUUUAGCAUCACUAGAGGGUUGCGCCAAGGUGAUCAUAUUUCACCUUUGAUUUUUGUUCUUAUUGAAGAUAUUUUGAGUCGUAAUCUCUCUAAAUUGUUUGCUAAUAGAAGUAUGCACAACAUGGUUAGUAAGAAAGGUGUGGCUCCAACACACCUUCUCUUUGCGGAUCAUAUUCUUGUUUUCUGCAGAGGUAAUCUUCAUAGUUUGCAAAAUUUGAAGACUAUGCUUAGUGUCUAUGAGAAGGAUUCAGGCCAGUGCGUAAAUUAUGCGAAGAGCAAAUUUUAUUACGGUGGUGGCACUUAUUCUCGGAGUAUUGCUAUUGCUAAUUAUUUGGGCAUGGAAAGAGAUUUAUUUCCGGAUAAAUAUCUGGGAAUUCAAUUGAAGCCUGGCAUUGUGCGGCACAUUCAUGUCAGGCAGGUGGUUGAAAAGAUUAUGGACAAGUUGGCUGGUUGGAAGGGUAAACUCUUAUAUUUUCAAGCUAGACUGGUUUUGAUCAGAUCGGUGAUUGCUAGUUAUGUUAUUCACUCUAUGGCUGUUUAUAAAUGGACUUGCAAUAUCAUUAAACAGGUUGAGAGGUUCAUUAGGAAUUUUCUUUGGUCGGAUGAUGCAGAAAAGCGUAAGUUCUUUACGGUUUUAUAUGACAACCUGUGUUGUUCAAGACGUGAAGGUGGCCUGGGCCUUAGAAGAUUGAUUGAUGUUAACAAGGCUAUGCUUAUGAAGUUAUGGAUUUCAAUUCGUGAUUCGGACAAGACUUGGGCCAGAUUUUUGAGGGCGAAGUACUUCAAAUUGAAUGGAGUUUUGAUUGAUUACAAACUUGGUUCUACGGUUUUUCCUGGAAUCAGGUGGUUUUAUGAUUUUGUGCGGAAACACACUAGGACAAUUAUAGGUGAUGGCGCUAAUACUUCCUUAUUCUUUGAUAAUUGGCUUGGUGAUUUUUCGAUUGCGAAGAGAUUAGGUAUUACUUCCAAAGGCCCUAAUGAUUUUAAGGCUAAGGUUAGUGAUAUCAUUGUUGAUGGUGCUUGGGAUAUUCCUCAAAGCACACGGGAUUUGAUGGUUCGUCUCAAUAUUGAUGUUGGAAACUUGCCUAUUAUUGUUGGGGCCGAUGACUAUAAGAUUUGGGAUUUAGAUAGCAAAGGAGUCUUCUCAGUUAAAUCUGCAAAGGCUGCCAUUAGAGAGAAUGUGGAAACUCUGCCAACUGCAACUUUGUUUACUCGGCCAGUUGUGCACCCUACUCUAAGUGUUCAAUAUUGGAAGAUCUGGGCAAAGUAG